UAGGAGGGAGUGGUCAUUUAGAGCUCUUUCUAACGUUCACUUCAUGUGGUCACUUCACUGGAGGUUUUCCUUGUGCUUUGAGAUGGAAGUGUGUGUUUUCUCUUCUUUACUCACCGUACUGUGUGUGGGUCUGUUUGGGAGAUAUACAUACGCAGCAGAUUGUUCGGAUUAUCAGCUUGUUGCCACUCCUUCAUCUCUGCUGGUGGAGUACGGAAACCCUGCUGAAGUAAACUGCUCCAUCUCAAACAGAAAUAUGGCUUUAACUAAUUACAAACUGAGCGUGGAGGCUAAAUCACUAAGGCCAACUACAAGUAAUGAGAGUGUUUUGAUGUGGAAGGUGGACAGUCUGACAAAUUGGGAGGAAGAUAAAAUAUUCUGUUCCUUAGCAGUGAGCGAUACUUCAUGUAUGGCUCCAGUAAAUAUCAGCAUUUACAAGACACCGGACAGGGUUACACUGAGCUCUGUGCCUGAUGUGAUGGUAGAGAGAAAUCAGGCACAACUGUGUUGUCAGAUUGAAAAUGUGGGUCCUGGAUAUAAACUCAGUGUCCACUGGAGCAGAGCAGAUCCAAAGCAAAACAAUUUCACACAGUUUAAUGAAACGUUGUUCCCAGACUUGGAAAAUGAGAAGAAGAUUGUCAACAAAACAGCGUACCUAACUAUUAUACCCAGCCGUGAGGAUGAUGGAGCAAAGUAUCUGUGUGAGGCCGUGCUGAAUCUGGACCAAAUACAGAUCAAGAGCAAAUCACAACCAAUCACCAUCAGUGUACAGUACACUGACCACAAUUGUUCGGAUUAUGAUCUUGUUGCCACUCCUUCAUCUCUGCUGGUGGAGUACGGAAACCCUGCUGAAGUAAACUGCUCCAUCUCAAACAGAAAUACGGCUUUAACUAAUUACCUACUGCGUGUGGAGGCUAAAUCACUACAGCGAUUUACAAGUAAUGAGAGCGUUGUGAUGUGGAAGAUGGACAGUCUGACAAAUUGGGAUGAAGAUAAAAUCCUGUGUUACUUAGCAGUGAGCAAAACUUCAUGUAAUACUACAGUAAAUAUCAGCAUUUACAAGACACCGGACAGGGUUACACUGAGCUCUGUGCCUGAUGUGAUGGUAGAGAGAAAUCAGGCACAACUGUGUUGUCAGAUUGAAAAUGUGGGUCCUGGAUAUAAACUCAGUGUCCACUGGAGCAGAGCAGAUCCAAAGCAAAACAAUUUCAUACAGUUUAAUGAAACAUUGUUCCCAGACUUGGAAAAUGAGAAGAAGAUUGUCAACAAAACAGCGUACCUAACUAUUAUACCCAGCCGUGAGGAUGAUGGAGCAAAGUAUCUGUGUGAGGCCGUGCUGAAUCUGGACCAAAUACAGAUGAAGAGCAAAUCACAACCAAUCACCAUCAGUGUACAGUACACUGACCACAAUUGUUUGGAUUAUCAGCUUGUUGCCACUCCUUCAUCUCUGCUGGUGGAGUACGGAAACCCUGCUGAAGUAAACUGCUCCAUCUCAAACAGAAAUAAAACCUUAACUAAUUACCUACUGGGUGUGGAGGGUAUAUCACUACAGCGAUUUACAAGUAAUGAGAGUGUUGUGAUGUGGAAGGUGGACAGUCUGACAAAUUGGGAGGAAGAUAAAGUCCUGUGUUACUUAGCAGUGAGCGAAACUACAUGUAAUACUACAGUAAAUAUCAACAUUUACAAGACACCGGACAGUGUUACACUGAGCUCUGUGCCUGAUGUGAUGGUAGAGAGAAAUCAGGCACAACUGUGUUGUCAGAUUGAAAAUGUGGGUCCUGGAUAUAAACUCAGUGUCCACUGGAGCAGAGCAGAUCCAAAGCAAAACAAUUUCAUACAGUUUAAUGAAACGUUGUUCCCAGACUUGGAAAAUGAGAAGAAGAUUGUCAACAAAACAGCGUACCUAACUAUUAUACCCAGCCGUGAGGAUGAUGGAGCAAAGUAUCUGUGUGAGGCCGUGCUGAAUCUGGACCAAAUACAGAUGAAGAGCAAAUCACAACCAAUCACCAUCAGUGUACAGUACACUGACCACAAUUGUUCGGAUUAUGAUCUUGUUGCCACUCCUUCAUCUCUGCUGGUGGAGUACGGAAACCCUGCUGAAGUAAACUGCUCCAUCUCAAACAGAAAUACAGCUUUAACUAAGUACCUACUGAGCUUGGAGGCUAAAUCACUAACGCCAACUACAAGUAAUGAGAGCGUUGUGAUGUGGAAGGUGGACAGUCUGACAAAUUGGGAGGAAGAUAAAAUAUUAUGUUCCUUAGGAGUGAGCAAUACUUCAUGUAUGGCUACAGUAAAUAUCAGCAUUUACAAGACACCGGACAGUGUUACACUGAGCUCUGUGCCUGAUGUGAUGGUAGAGAGAAAUCAGACACAACUGUGGUGUCAGAUUGAAAAUGUGGGUCCUGGAUAUAAACUCAGUGUCCACUGGAGCAGAGCAGAUCCAAAGCAAAACAAUUUCAUACAGUUUAAUGAAACGUUGUUCCCAGACUUGGAAAAUGAGAAGAAGAUUGUCAACAAAACAGCGUACCUAACUAUUAUACCCAGCCGUGAAGAUGAUGGAGCAAAGUAUCUGUGUGAGGCCGUGCUGAAUCUGGACCAAAUACAGAUGAAGAACAAAUCACAACCAAUCACCAUCAGUGUACAGUACACUGACCACAAUUGUUCGGAUUAUCAGCUUGUUGCCACUCCUUCAUCUCUGCUGGUGGAGUACGGAAACCCUGCUGAAGUAAACUGCUCCAUCUCAAACAGAAAUAAAACUUUAACUAAUUACCAACUGGGGGUGGAGACUAAAUCACUAAGGCUAUUUACAUGGAAUGAGAGAGUUGUGAUGUGGAAGGUGGACAGUCUGACAAAUUGGGAGGAAGAUCAAAUCUUCUGUUCCUUAACAGUGAGCGAUACUUCGUGUAUGGAUUUUGUAAAUAUCAACAUUUACAAGACACCGGACAGUGUUACACUGAGCUCUGUGCCUGAUGUGAUGGUAGAGAGAAAUCAGACACAACUGUGUUGUCAGAUUGAAAAUGUGGGUCCUGGAUAUAAACUCAGUGUCCACUGGAGCAGAGCAGAUCCAAAGCAAAACAAUUUCACACAGUUUAAUGAAACGUUGUUCCCAGACUUGGAAGAUGAGAAGAAGAGUGUCAACAAAACAGCGUACCUAACUAUUAUACCCAGCCGUGAGGAUGAUGGAGCAAAGUAUCUGUGUGAGGCCGUGCUGAAUCUGGACCAAAUACAGAUGAAGAGCAAAUCACAACCAAUCACCAUCAGUGUACAGUACACUGACCACAAUUGUUCAGAUUAUCAGCUUGUUGCCACUCCUUCAUCUCUGCUGGUGGAGUACGGAAACCCUGCUGAAGUAAACUGCUCCAUCUCAAAGAGAAAUAAAACCUUAACUAAUUACCUACUGGGUGUGGAGGGUAUAUCACUACAGCGAUUUACAAUUAAUGAGAACUUUGUGAUGUGGAAGGUGGACAGUCUGACAAAUUGGGAGGAAGAUCAAAUCAUGUGUUACUUACUGAGCAAAACUUCAUGUAAUGCUACAGUAAAUAUCAGCAUUUACAAGACACCGGACAGGGUUACACUGAGCUCUGUGCCUGAUGUGAUGGUAGAGAGAAAUCAGACACAACUGUGUUGUCAGAUUGAAAAUGUGGGUCCUGGAUAUAAACUCAGUGUCCACUGGAGCAGAGCAGAUCCAAAGCAAAACAAUUUCAUAAAGUUUCAUGAAACGUUGUUCCCAGACUUGAAAAAUGAGAAGAAGAGUGUCAACAUAACAGCGUACCUAACUAUUAUACCCAGCCGUGAGGAUGAUGGAGCAAAGUAUCUGUGUGAGGCCGUGCUGAAUCUGGACCAAAUACAGAUCAAGAGCAAAUCACAACCAAUCACCAUCAGUGUACAGUACACUGACCACAAUUGUUCGGAUUAUCAGCUUGUUGCCACUCCUUCAUCUCUGCUGGUGGAGUACGGAAACCCUGCUGAAGUAAACUGCUCCAUCUCAAACAGAAAUACAGCUUUAACUAAUUACCUAUUGGGUGUGGAGAGUAUAUCACUACAGCGAUUUACAAGAAAUGAGAGUGUUGUGAUGUGCAAGGUGGACAGUCUGACAAAUUGGGAGGAAGAUCAAAUCAUGUGUUACUUACUGAGCAAAACUUCAUGUAAUGCUACAGUAAAUAUCAGCAUUUACAAGACACCAGACAGUGUUACACUGAGCUCUGUGCCUGAUGUGAUGGUAGAGAGAAAUCAGGCACAACUGUGUUGUCAGAUUGAAAAUGUGGGUCCUGGAUAUAAACUCAGUGUCCACUGGAGCAGAGCAGAUCCAAAGCAAAACAAUUUCAUAAAGUUUCAUGAAACGUUGUUCCCAGACUUGGAAAAUGAGAAGAAGAGUGUCAACAAAACAGCGUACCUAACUAUUAUACCCAGCCGUGAGGAUGAUGGAGCAAAGUAUCUGUGUGAGGCCGUGCUGAAUCUGGACCAAAAACAGAUGAAGAGCAAAUCACAACCAAUCACCAUCAGUGUACAGUACACUGACCACAAUUGUUUGGAUUAUCAGCUUGUUGCCACUCCUUCAUCUCUGCUGGUGGAGUACGGAAACCCUGCUGAAGUAAACUGCUCCAUCUCAAACAGAAAUAUGGCUUUAACUAAUUACCUACUGGGUGUGGAGGCUAAAUCACUAUGGCUAUUUACAUGGAAUGAGAGUGUUGUGAUGUGGAAGGUGGACAGUCUGACAAAUUGGGAGGAAGAUAAAAUCCUGUGUUAUUUAGCACUGAGCGAUACUCAAUGUACUACUACAGUAAAUAUCAACAUUUACAAGACACCAGACAGUGUUACACUGAGCUCUGUGCCUGAUGUGAUGGUAGAGAGAAAUCAGGCACAACUGUGGUGUCAGAUUGAAAAUGUGGGUCCUGGAUAUAAACUCAGUGUCCACUGGAGCAGAGCAGAUCCAAAGCAAAACAAUUUCAUACAGUUUCAUGAAACGUUGUUCCCAGACUUGGAAAAUGAGAAGAAGAGUGUCAACAAAACAGCGUACCUAACUAUUAUACCCAGCCGUGAGGAUGAUGGAGCAAAGUAUCUGUGUGAGGCCGUGCUGAAUCUGGACCAAAUACAGAUGAAGAGCAAAUCACAACCAAUCACCAUCAGUGUACAGUACACUGACCACAAGACACCGGACAGGGUUACACUGAGCUCUGUGCCUGAUGUGAUGGUAGAGAGAAAUCAGGCACAACUGUGUUGUCAGAUUGAAAAUGUGGGUCCUGGAUAUAAACUCAGUGUCCACUGGAGCAGAGCAGAUCCAAAGCAAAACAAUUUCAUAAAGUUUCAUGAAACGUUGUUCCCAGACUUGGAAAAUGAGAAGAAGAGUGUCAACAAAACAGCGUACCUAACUAUUAUACCCAGCCGUGAGGAUGAUGGAGCAAAGUAUCUGUGUGAGGCCGUGCUGAAUCUGGACCAAAUACAGAUGAAGAGCAAAUCACAACCAAUCACCAUCAGUGUACAGUACACUGACCACACGUACCUAACUAUUAUACCCAGCCGUGAAGAUGAUGGAGCAAAGUAUCUGUGUGAGGCCGUGCUGAAUCUGGACCAAAUACAGAUGAAGAGCAAAUCACAACCAAUCACCAUCAGUGUACAGUACACUGACCACAGUUGUUCGGAUUAUCAGCUUGUUGUCACUCCUUCAUCUCUGCUGGUGGAGUACGGAAACCCUGCUGAAGUAAACUGCUCCAUCUCAAACAGAAAUACAGCUUUAACUAAUUACCAACUGGGCGUAGAGGCUAAAUCACUACAGCGAUUUACAAGAAAUGAGAGUGUUGUGAUGUGGAAGAUGGACAGUCUGACAAAUUGGGAGGAAGAUAAAAUCCUGUGUUCCUUAACAGUGAACGGAACUCAAUGUACGGCUUUUGUAAAUAUCAACAUUUACAAGACACCGGACAGUGUUACACUGAGCUCUGUGCCUGAUGUGAUGGUAGAGAGAAAUCAGACACAACUGUGGUGUCAGAUUGAAAAUGUGGGUCCUGGAUAUAAACUCAGUGUCCACUGGAGCAGAGCAGAUCCAAAGCAAAACAAUUUCAUACAGUUUCAUGAAACGUUGUUCCCAGACUUGGAAAAUGAGAAGAAGAUUGUCAACAAAACAGCGUACCUAACUAUUAUACCCAGCCGUGAGGAUGAUGGAGCAAAGUAUCUGUGUGAGGCCGUGCUGAAUCUGGACCAAAUACAGAUGAAGAACAAAUCACAACCAAUCACCAUCAGUGUACAGUACACUGACCACACUGGAAUCAUUACACUCAUCAUUGUCCUUGUGUCUAUAAUGGUGCUGGGAGCUUUGGCUUACUCUAUGUGGCGUAUGUAUUACCAUCGAACACAAAUGGGUCAGUACAUCAUGAGUGCUGAGGACCACGGAGAACUCCUCCAGAUUGAAAUCCAGAGAAAUCACCCCAUCAACUCAAGGAAUCCUCUUUGGGAAGUCAGGAAGAUCUCCUGAACUCUUGAACUCCAACUUCAGAAUGAGACAUUAAAAUUGCUUCAGAUAAAUCAGCAUAGAAUCAAAACAGUUCUCUUUCAAGGGAACUCAAUGCUGUGCAUGGGUAUGGGGCAUUGUAAGCAUCAUCCAUGACAUGUAACAGGAGGACAAGCAGUAUUUUAGAGCAUACAAUUUGGGUUAACAACUUCACUUUCAGCUGGUAAAGGCUAUAUGAUGGGUGUGUGCAUGAGGGGAAGUGUGUGCACUUGGGGAAGGCUUUCUUUCCUUCACCUAAUGAAACUUCUGAGCUGGAAAUGAUUCAUCUUGCAUACACAGUUAGGGCCCUUGGGAAGUAAGUAUGUCUACAUCUCUAGCUAGUGUUGUAGGUCCACACAACCUUUAGUCUGCUUUGGUUGCUGCAAUAUGGGUAACCCAAUUUAUAACCCUAAAACAUAUAAUACAUAAUAUAUAGAAUAUAUAGCCCUAUAUUGUAAACCUAUUUUAUUGUCUUGUAGAUGCUGUAGCCAAUGCUUAGCAGGUGUGAUGAGCCAUCUUAUCUCUUGGUAUCAGGGCCCAUCAUGCCAGGGGUAUAGCUUGUUGAAGUUCCCUUUUCAGGGGCGUCCCUGGACAAUGUUUGUGCUGCAGUUGGCUGGUCCUGCCUGAACAUAUUUAUCGUUUUACUGCCUGGGCAUGGACAGUACCCCGGGACCGCACAUCCUUGUGGAUUGAUCUCAUAUCCUUUUCUCCUGGCAGUCCCUUGUGGCAAUCUCCACAGGUUAGAGAACAGACAUUCCUCCCUCGGGUAGCAGCAUUGGUACUGGCAUUCACCGUAGCACCAAUCCAUGAGGCAGCAUCGAGUUCCCUUGAAAUCUAAACUCUCAGGUUACAGAUAUAACCAUGUUUAACACAUCAAGCUUUCCUGUGAUGGGUUGGCACUCCGUCCAGGGUGUAUCCUGCCUCGAUGCCCGAUGACGCCUGAGAUACGCAUAGGCUCCCCAUUACCUGAGAAGUUCGGAUAAGCGGUAGGAAAUGAAUGAAUGAAUAAAUAAUUGAAUGAAUGAAUUAAUGAAUGAAUGAAUGUGUUCACAUGAGUGUCAGACCCCAGUUCCAUGGAGGUAGUUUCCAUAGCGCCAAAACACUAAAACUACUCACUAAAGAUCAACAUGCUUUUUCCCUCUUUGUAGCUUUAACACAUGGAGGUUAUAAAUGGAGAACAUUUAAUUGAAUGCAGCAUUAACAGUGAUGCUAAUGUUAUCUACAGAAGAUAACUCACUCAUGUAACUCAUUUUAUUUUCACAACAUAGGUUUGUAUGUAGCUUUAGAUUUUGUUUUUAAAUGAAACUGACUAUAUAUCACUUAAUAUAAUAUGAAGUCUGUGUGAAGUUUAUUAACAUUUCAGUAUUUUAUAGGUGUUUUAAUGUGAAUGUAAAACUCUAACAAAAAACCUCAGGCUCAGUUUCUGCUGUUUUAUCAGAUGUUUUCUGCAAUUAAUAAAAGAAGAUUUAAGUUUUGAGUAUCCA